AUUGACUUUAUUUUUCAAAUAACCAAAGAAAAUUUUUUAAACAUGGUUUCGUGGCCAGCGUUUUCACUGGAUAAUCUCAAGACCACUUCUGAGCAGGCUUACCAGGGACCACCACGAAAUGUAGACCCCAUCCAAGCGUACAAAGUCAAGCCCGAGCUUCUGCCACCAAACUACGAAAUUCAGGGUACGGACCCGGCCUCCAAAAUUCUCUUUGUAAAUGUAAAUAUUAUCGAGUCAAGCGGUCGCGAACCUUACAUAGGUUCCGUAUACAUCCAAGGUGAGCGUAUCGUACGCGUUGGAAACAUUCCCAACGAAAUUGAACUGAAGAGAGACCCGAGUGUUACUGUAUGCGAUGGAAAAGGUCGCACUAUCAUGUCUGGUCUCGGGGAUGCCCAUACACACAUGACUUGGAACGGUGGUGAUAUUAAUCAGCUUGGGAAAAUGAAUGCCGAGGAGCAUUUACUGCUGACAGAGCAAAAUGCGAAGUGCUACCUAGACUCUGGUUAUACUAUGUGCUUUGGUGCUGCGGCUGCAAAAGAUCACCUCGACAUAGCUGUUCGGGAUGCUAUCAACGCCGGAUCUAUCCCCGGGCCUCGUUCCCUUGCAAACGCGCGUGAGAUUGCCAAAACAGAUGGCGAACUGAGUCCCGAUAUCAGUUUCAUGGCAGACAAGGUUGAUGACUUCCGCCGCAUUGUCAAGUCUAUCGCAGAUCUUGGCGCUGAUAAUAUAAAGCUUAGUAUGUCCGGGGAGGCUAUCACUGAGAUUCGUUCGGCCGAAGACUGCUAUUACACAGAGGAGGAAACCAAGAUAGCUACCGAGGAGGCGCACAAGUUAGGUAAACGAGUCUGCACCCAUGCCAGAGCCCGGGAGUCUGUCAUCCAGUCCGCAAAAUACGACGUCGACGUUAUUUUCCACGCCUCAUAUACUUGUGACGAAGGCAUGAAGCUCCUCGAGGAGAAGAAGGACCAUAUUGUCGUCGCUCCUGCAAUUAACUGGCUCUGGGCGACUCUCUAUGAUGCUGAGCCCUUUGGAUAUAGCUUCAACGCUGCAGAGACCAUGGGCUAUAAGAGGGAGACUGAAAUCGCUAUUGCGGCAUUAAGGGAGAUGCAUCGCCGUGGAAUUAUCGUUCUGCCAGGAGGUGACUAUGGCUUCGCCUGGUGUCCGCAUGGUACAUAUGCGCGGGACCUCGUUCAUUUCCACAAGUUGCUGGACAUGACUAUACACGAAAGCAUCAUAGCGGCUACUGCGGGAGUGGGAGCUUUAAUGGGUCGCCCACAUGAGCUCGGCAAGAUUAGGCCCGGAUACUACGCUGAUUUGAUCCUGGUCGACGGAGAUCCUAUUCAGGAUAUUGAAAUCCUUCAAAAUCAUGAUAAGUUGAAUGUCAUCAUGAUCAAUGGGCGAAUCCAUAAGGCCGGGUCUGAUGAUUUCAUCAAGAACUAAAGAGUCAAGAAACAAAGUAAUAGCAAGCAAUAUUCAUGUUGUGAUGAACGGACCAAAUUCGAGUGUACCACUGGAUAAGUGAUUCAGUGGGGGACAUAAUAAUUAGCAAUUAAUUUUAGCAGAUGAAUCAACUCUAUAGGAUUAUUUUUUAAAUGAAAUCGCAGUUGC